UACACAGGUCACUAGGAAAUACAUUGUCUAACAAGACAUAUCACAGAACUUAGUCUCAAUCUAUAUGCACUUUUUAUUUUUCAUUAUAGAAGUUCAGAAUUUAAUUAACAUUCUAAGAUGUGUAUUCUUCUAGGAUCACCUUUACACACAGAACAAUAGACAAGACUGUGAAUGACUUUAGAUGAAGAGGGAGUACUAUCAUUCCAAUAAUUUUAUGAAAAGGAUAUAUUAUAAUACUACACAUUCCGCAAGCAAGUCGCUGACAUACUUUAGGUGUGAGUGGCCUGGAUACAGACUCUAAAAAACUGUCAAGAGGAAGAUAGCUUUUGACUACAUAAUGUUUGUUAGUUUCUUUUGAAGCAAAGUAUGUGUACAUUGGGCUGGCAAUAACUAACGUAAAAUUGUGAAGACAAAAGUUAUAAGACAAGAGAAAGUGUAUGUUAUUCAUUGUUCACGAUUAAAGAGCAAGACAUUAUUUGUCAACAGAAUUCUCUUGCUCGUUUCUAUAAGAUAGAUCCAGUGGUACAUUGGACUCAGGACUAUUAAAAAACAUGCUAUCUGUACAAAACGCUUUCGUCGUUUGGGAUUAUGUUGUCUUUGCAGCCAUGUUGGUCAUUUCCAUGGGCAUCGGAAUCUGGUUCGCUCUCAGAGGCGGCCGACAGAAAACCCAAGGUGAGUAUCUUAUGGCCAACAGAAAUAUGUCUAUCCUACCUGUGGCCAUUUCAAUCCUGGUGUCCUUCAUGUCCGCCAUAUUGAUUCUUGGAAAUCCUGCAGAAAUGUACACGCAGGGGACAGAAUUUUAUAUUACUCUAAUUGGAAUGGUCAUUGGCAUCACAGGAGCAUCACUGCUGUUUGUGCCGCUGUUAUUCCCCUUGAAACUUACCAGUGUUUUUGAAUACCUAGAAGUACGUUUUAACUCCAAGAGCGCCAGACUUGUUGGAACUUUCCUCAUGGUCCUCACACAGAUAAUAUACAUGGGUCUGGCUUCGUUUGCUCCAGCAACUGCGUUUGAAGCAGUGACAGAGAUACCAGUCUGGGCAACUAUUUUAGUGACUGGUGCUGUGGGUACACUUUAUACAACAAUAGGAGGCAUGAAGGCUGUGAUAUGGACCGAUGUCUUUCAAUCGUUUAUAAUGUUGGCUGGAAUUUUGUCAAUAGUCAUUCAGGGAACGUUAAAGGUUGGAAGUCUGUCAAAUGUUUGGGACAUCAAUAACAAAUGGGAGAGAAUCAAAUUUUUCAAUUUUGAUACUGAUCCACGAGUCAGGCAUACAUUUUGGAACAUGGUCAUCGGGUCAGCCCUCGCCUGGUUCGGAACUUAUGGCAUAAGUCAGGCCAGUGUACAGAGAUAUUCUAGUCUACCCACAUUAAACAAUGCUCGGAUCUCAAUUUUACUGAACAUGAUUGGCGUGUUUGUCCUGGUGACACUGACCUGCAUUGCUGGCCUGGUACUGUUCGCCUACUAUGCUGCACAACAGUGUGACCCCCUAGGCCAGAAGCUGGUGGACAACGCAAACCAGCUGGUUCCUUACUUUGUGAUGGAGACUUUAGGGUAUCCGGGAAUUCCCGGUCUAUUUAUAGCCUGCUUAUUUUCUGGAGCUUUGAGCUCUGUCUCUUCCUCGUUAAAUGCUCUGGGAGCCAUCACUUGGGAGGACAUCUUAAAACCCAGGUUUGACAAAUCUUUGACAGAAUACCAGAAAACCAUUGUCACCAAAAUUACAGUUUGUAUCUAUGGGUGUCUGGCCAUUGGUGUCAGCUUCGUGGCACAGUUACUGGAGGGGCACGUGUUGCAGGCUGCAGCAAGUUUGAUAGGUUCAGCUUCAGGCCCAUUGACCGGGAUGUUCAUCUUGGGGGCUUUCUUUCCAUGGGCAAACAGCUACGGAGUUAUAACUGGCGCCUUCGCCGGACUUGGACUUAGCUUCUGGCUCGCUAUCGGGUCCUACGUCAACGGAAUACACUUGCCCAAGAAGCCUUUUCCUAAAGGGACUUGCCCAGUUUUUUUCAACCACAACAGUAACUACACGACUUCAACAAUGUCGUAUUUGGCAAAUACGACUUUAACUACAGCAUCGUAUGUGUCUACCCAGUUCAUUCCAAACACUCAAAGAACGGGAUUAGAUGGCUUCUACGCCAUCUCUUAUCAAUGGUUUACGCCCUUGGGUGUAAUUACUGCGGUGGUGGUAGGCCUACUGGUCAGUCUUAUUACAGGUCCUAACAGCCUCUCAGAUGUGCCUACCAAAUACCAAAUCCCACUGGUCAGCAGGCUGUGCUGCUGCUGUCCGAGAAGCUGGCAACAUUGGCUGAACUGCAAGAGAGAUUUCAAGCAACCAGAGGAAAUAAGAUGUGAAGAGAAAGACAAAGAAAUAAUUGUUGAAGAUCCAAAGAUCAAGGCUAUCAGUGACGGAGUGGUCAAUAAUGCUUUUAUUCCUGACAAUGGUACAGUAGUGCCAGUUGUUGACAAAUUACUAAAUGGCCAGAUAGAGCUUAAGGCGAAGGACGAGGAACUAAAUUUCGAUUCGAAUGACCUGAAAUCAUCAGUGCGAUCUCAAGAACAGGAAACACAAUUCGUUCAUUACGAAACGGAGAGAACAGCCCCAGUUAUCCCAACACCAAGAAUGCGAGCAGCUCCUCUUAGAGAACCUUCUGAUAGUGAUGUCAUCAACGAAAGGCUUUAAAGCUUUAAAUAAAAUACAUUGAAUGACAUUUUGGACCAGCUACCGCUACUAAUUCAUCAGCUGUUGUUACCUACAGUCUGUCAUGGAUUUAAACAAUAUCGGUUCAAUACUCAGGCAAGACAUACAUAUAUUUAUAUAUAUAUAUAUAUAUAUAUAUAUAUAUAUAUAUAUAUAUAUAUAUAUAUAUAUAUAUUCUUUGACAAUGUUUCUUAGGUUCCUUAGAUCAAGAGAUGUUGUAUUCUGCAGUAUGGACAUCCAUUUAUUUCUGGGCUGUCCACUUGUCUUGGGUUUUCCAGGUUAGAGAUUAUAUUUUAUUGCUGGAAACAGGGUUGCGGAGGGUAUGGCCUGGAGGAUAUGUACUUCAAUAGGCUGCUGGUUUGUUCUCUGCCACAGUUCCUAAUUCAACAUUUUGGUUUUGGCAUCUCAUUUUUAUCCUAAUUUUUGAUGUUGUAUAGUCCCUGAUGAAAUCCAGAAAGGAAGAAUAAAUAGAGUCCAAAAUGGUAAAAUUAGUGCCUCUCGUACUUAGUGGUCAUAUGUUUGGUUUUUUGCUUAGAAUAUGAGAACUGAUUUUUUAAAAAAUGCUUUUCUAAGGCUGUAACUCUAAAUAACUGUAUGUGUUUGUUUUUGAUAUCUUUUAUAACAAAAAAUGUUAUUCCUAACCAUCAAAAAUUAAGAAAAAAAUAGGAAUGAUGUAUAUGAUUUUGUUUAUAUACUUUAAAUAUUUAAUAUAAUUGUAAAAUAUUUAUUCGUUUAUUUCUUUUUUUUUUUUUGGAGUGUACUUAUCAUUACGACUCACAUAGCCGAAAUCUGAAACCAACUCAUUUAUUUUUAUAUAACAUUUAGUGUUGACUUACAUUUAUUUAGAAUUAAUUAAUAUUUGUUUCACUCAGUGCCUUGCAAGGAUCUACUAGGUAUGUGAUAAUUGUGAAUACAUUUGAGCACUGUUUUAACUUUGAGCUCAGAUAUAAAUGUACAUAUUUGCAUACAUUUACGGGGCUAUUUAAUUGUAUUGUACAUAAUACAUUUGAUUUUUGAGUAGU